GUGCUUGGGCCGGCGCCGGCGCCGAGCAAAGCCCGUCCGAGCUGGUCGCCGCUCCCCGCCCCGGCGGCACCCAUGCCGAAAUGGGUCUGGUUUCAGAAGAUGCAAUGCACUAGAUGUGGUGCUUGGAAGAGCAGCAGUCAUGGCAUCAGAACUAUGUAAAACAAUCUCUGAAGCAAAGUUGGAAAGGCACAAGAACUUGUUCUUAAAUUACCGAAAUCUCCAUCACUUUCCUUUGGAGUUACUGAAAGAUGAGGGGCUGCAGUACCUGGAGAGACUUUAUAUGAAAAGGAAUUCCCUGACCACAUUGCCCGAAAACCUUGCACAGAAGCUUCCAAACCUCGUGGAAUUGUACCUUCAUUCAAAUAACAUAGUUGUUGUACCUGAAGCCAUUGGCUCCCUCGUUAAACUGCAGUUUCUGGACCUAAGUGAUAAUGCCCUCGAAAUUGUGUGUCCAGAGAUUGGCCGCCUGAGGUCUUUACGUCAUCUUCGCUUGGCUAACAACCAGCUGAAAUACUUACCUGCAGAAGUUGGGGACCUGAGGGAGCUGCAGACGCUGGACAUUUCAACCAACCGUUUGAUAACGUUACCUGAGAGGCUGCACAUGUGCCUUUCACUGCAGUACUUGACUGCGGAUCGAAACCACCUGUGGUAUGUGCCCCGCCACCUGUGCCAACUACCAAGCCUCAAUGAGCUCUCCAUGGCUGGAAACCGCCUUGCAUUUUUGCCACUUGAUUUAGGUCGUUCUCGGGAGCUGCAGUAUGUCUACGUGGAUAACAAUAUUCAUCUGAAAGGCCUCCCAUCUUAUCUGUAUAAUAAAGUCAUUGGUUGCAGUGGUUGUGGUUCUCCAAUUCAAGUUUCAGAGGUGAAACUACUCUCUUUUUCAUCGGGCCAGUUAACCGUGUUCCUGCCAGCAGAGGUGAAAUCUAUCGGGACGGAAACAGAUCACGUGUUGCCUUUGCAAGAGCUGGCCAUGAGGACCCUCUAUAACACCUACUACAGGUUUUUAAAGGAUUUGAACUUUCUGACUCCAAUCUCACUACCCAAAAGCCUCUUGGAAUUGCUGCACUGUCCCUUGGGACACUGCCACCGCUGCAGCCAGCCUAUGUUUACCAUUGUCUACCCAAAGCUCUUUCCCUUGAGGGAAACUCCAAUGGCAGGAUUGCAUCAAGGGAGGACAACUGUUAGUUUUGUGGCAUACUGCUGCUCCACCCAGUGUCUGCAGACUUUUGACCUACUGAGUUGAUAAACACUUAGAACUGCUCAGGAGUGCUGCCAGUUUAAAGCUGCAUUAGCUGUCGUAUCCCAUUGGUACUGGAAUCCUGUGUGUGCGCCUGUGCCAAAGCAGCAGAAGUGCCCGGUUGGGAACACUGAGAGGCACUUAAAUCCUGUCCUAUCAAAUUUGGAUGAAGUGCACAAACUUUUCAGAAGUGUAAAUACCAAGCUUUUAAAAGUAUUAACUUCUCUCUCCUCCAGGACAGCAUGCAAACCAAACAAAUUCACAAGCUCUGACUUCAGGAUUUCCAGUGUUUUUUGAAUGUGGCUGUCUUCAGGUUGAACCAUUGCAUCAUUUGAGGCCAUUUUGAUUCCUCUAAUGGGGCAGGGGGGGAAGGUUCAGUUGUGACAAACAAGUUUUCACUUACUCCCUCCCCAUCCUCUUCACCCAUACAGCUGGAUUUGGGUGUAUAGAUCAAAGCCUACAGGAAGUUUUGAUGGAUCCAAGUGACUU